AUGAGAUUGAUGGCAAAUGAACAUAAUGGUUUCAAGGGAAGGUAUUGGACCAAUCCGAAGGUCAUUGCAGAUGUAUUGAAAGAAUUCUGUUCGAACAGUACCAUCCAUGGUGUUCGAUAUUUCACCGAACGAAGGCGACAUUGGACCGAACGCUGUUUUUGGUUCAUUGCAAUUGGCUUGUCGUUCUGGUAUUGUUUGGUAUCGAUUCAAGAUAUGUGGAUAAAAUGGCGUGCCUGUCCCGUUUCAAUGAGUUUCAAUGAAAAAGAUGCUCCAAUUUCAGCGAUUCCAUUUCCAACCGUCACCAUUUGCCCUGAAACGAAAGCAUUCAAAAACAAAUUUGAAAUUAAUCCAGUCUAUGACUCUUUGAUGGAAUCAAAUCCAUGGAAAUUAUCUAAUCAACAAUGGGUCCAAUUGGAGGCUCUCAGUCAUUUGUGCCGUUUUAAUUUUCCGGAAUACGUUCGGUAUGGCAACAAAUUCACAAACACAUCGAUCUACGAUAUAAUUCAGGAUAUAGCGCCAAAUUUAACGAGUGUCAUUGUUUCCUGUUCGUGGAACCUUCAAAUGGAAAAUUGUGAGUCGCAUUUCUCACCAACCAUAACGGAUGAAGGCCUUUGCUUCACUUUUAAUGCUUUGAAUUCAGAUGAAAUUUACACGGAUGCAAUGGCUCCAGAAAUGAUGAUCGUGAAAAAUAGUCCAAAUGUAUCCCAUUGGAGUCUGGAGAAUGGAUAUCCGCCAGGUUGUAAUCAAAGAGGAUAUCCAAUACGUGUAUUCAAUGUAAAGCACAGCGUUUCUUUGACAAUAUUCCUUCAAUUGUUCGGACAAGAUAUUGAGUACAGAUGCCGAGGAUUGAUUCCGGGAUUCAAAUUAUUUUUGCAUGUACCUGGUGAAGUACAGCCAGCGUCACGACAUUCUUUUCGCGUUCCUUUAUCCGAAGCUGUUCAAAUUUCGAUCAUACCGAAAUUUAUAGUCACCUCAGAUAAAUUGCUAUCGUACAAACCGCAGGAACGACAGUGCUUCUACAAUUUUGAGCGUCAACUGCUCUUUUUCAAAAUGUACACCCAAAACAAUUGUGAGCUGGAAUGUUUGGCAAACUUCACACGAAUCGAAUGUGGUUGCGUGAAAUUUUCAAUGCCUCGUACGAGACGUACCCACAUCUGCGGUGUCAGUUCAAUUCAAUGCUAUCAAUCCGCAGAAAGGAAACUGUAUGGAGACUCGGAUGGUUCAAACAAUGAUACAGCUAAGGCAUUUCGUGAAAUGUGCCAGUGUUUACCGUCAUGCACUUACGUUAAGUAUAGUGCUGAUAUUGACCGAGCCAAACUCAAUUGGGUCGAAUCACAAAUUUCGAAUCGUUUUCAUUUUCAUGAAAUGUUUGGAACACAACCGUCAAAUUUGGAGAUUUACUUCCGUGAUCAUGAGGUGACCACAAUGAUGCGUUCCGAAAUGUAUACAACAACUAAUUUCAUUGCAAAUUGCGGCGGAUUGCUUGGACUAUUUUUGGGCAUUUCAAUGUUAAGCAUCAUCGAGUUCAUUUACUACUCAACGCUUCGGCUGUACUG